CCUCCAGACGGCAUUUGAAAACCAACCUACCCCAAAUUUCCGGUUUUCCGUCUUCACUCCUCCUCGCAGCAGCAGCACGAAAGCAGCUAGCAAAGAUGAAACUAGCUUACUGGGAUAUUCGCGGGCUGGCCCAGCCCAUUCGACUGCUGCUGGAGUACACUAAGACGCCAUAUGAGGAGAAGCUCUUUUCAUGCGGUGAAGCACCCGACUAUGACAAGAGCUGCUGGUUUGAUGUGAAGCCCCAUCUUGGAAUGGACUUUCCCAACUUACCGUACUUGGAGGAUGGAGACAGGAAGAUAGUGCAGAGCAAUGCCAUCAUGAGAUACAUUGCUCGGAAGCACAAUUUAUGUGGAGAGAGCGAGGAUGAGAAGGUCUGUGUCGACAUCAUGGAGAACCAGGCGGUGGACUUUCGGAAUGGCUUUGUGAGGAUGUGUUACACCGACUUUGACGAGAUGAAGCCAGGGUACCUGGAAGCGCUGCCGGGUGUACUCAAGCAGUUCUCUAAUUUCUUGGGAGACCGAAAGUGGUUUGCUGGUGAAAAGAUUACUUUUGUGGACUUCACCAUGUACGAGCUUUUGGACCAACACAGGAUGUUUCAGCCCACCUGCCUGGAUGAGUUCAAGAACCUCAAAGCCCUUCUGGCUCGUUUCGAGGCACUUGAGAAGAUUGCCAUCUACAUGAAAUCCAAUAAAUUCAUUAAGACCCCUGUCAACAACAAGAUGGCGAAAUGGGGCAACAAGAAAGAGUAAAGAAGUCUCCAAAAUAAAGUGCAAAUAAUCUUCAGCAAAAUUCUACUUUGUCUUCCAAAACAUUAUGUUCUAGUAGCAACACUAAUUUGAGUUCAGCAUGCAUUAUAUUCAAAAGAUAAUACUGACGCUUUUGAAUGUUGAAAAGCUGGUUUUCAAGCCCUACACACUGUUAAAGUGUAACAUUCAGCACAUGUAAAGUUGAGCUCUUUCUCAGUUUGCAACUUUAUUCUUUAUUUCUAUCUUACAAUAAAUGACAUGGUGUCCAGCAAUGUCUUUUCAUAGAUUUAGUCAUUUGAAAUGUUUCUCAAUAAAAAAUUUUGAUUGA